AUGGCGAACGGCGUUCAAAUCGAACCUCCCUUUAGUCAAGGGGUUGGUUAUGGAAUUGUCGUUGGACUCGGGGCAGCAUUUGCCAUCGGCAUGUCCAUGGUGUCCCUCUUUCUCUCGAAAUACUUUGAAGAGAAGCAGGACUCGGAGAUGUUCAUGACUGCGAAGCAUUCCGUCAAAACCGGGCUGACUGCAUCUGCUGUGGUAUCAUCAUGGACAAUUGCUGCAACGCUUCUCAGUUCUACAUCAUAUGGUUACUCUUAUGGAAUUUCAGGGCCGUUCUGGUACGGAGCUGGUGCAAGUGUCCAGAUCCUCCUGUUUUCGGUGGCCGCAAUCGAAUUGAAACGAAAAGCCCCUCAUGCGCAAACCUUCCUGCAAAUUGCAAAACACAGAUACGGCGCGCCUGCUCACAUUGUCCUGUGUUGUUACUGUUUGCUCUACCAGGUCAUUUUGACAGUCAGUCUUCUUGUCGGAGGUAGUGCUGUAUUUAGCAUUCUUACAGGUGUCGACCGCAAUGCGCUGUGCUUCUUGUUCCCUAUUGGAGUUGUUAUCUAUACACUGUGUGGUGGUAUCAAAGCCACCUUCCUGACAGAUUGGAUUCAUACAGUAAUUAUUUUCGUCAUUAUGUUAAUGUCUGCGUUCGUCGUCUACACCACCUCAUCCGUGAUUGGAUCCAGCGACAAGAUGUGGGAGCUUCUCACUGAAGCAGCUGGGCUCCAUCCUGUAGAAGGCAACGCUCAAGGCUCCUAUCUGACUAUGAGAAGUGUAGAAGGCGGCUAUAUUGGCCUGGUAUUUGUAGGAACCGGUUUUGCUGCAGCAGUCGACUCUCAACUUUUCCAGAAAGCAAUCGCAGCUGAUCCCGCGGGAACACUAGGGGGAUACCUUCUUGGAGGAACGUCCUGGUUCACAAUACCCUUCGUGCUAGCGACAACUUUCGGUUUGGCAGCAGCAGCUACCGAACAUCUGCCAAGCUUCCCCACAUACCCAAAUCGCAUGAAUGAAUACGAGGUUUCCUCAGGCCUAGCAUUGCCGUAUGCUGCGCUCUCUAUCAUGGGGAAAGGCGGGGGAGCAGCCAUCCUCCUUAUGGUCUUCAUGGCUGUAACAUCAGCCAUGUCAUCCGAAACAGUCGCCACAACCGCCCUGCUCACAUACAAUCUCUACCAAUCAUACAUCAACCCCAAAGCGACAGGAAAGCAACUGCUGCGAUUUUCAAAUAUGAUAGUACCUGGCUUCGCUAUUGUUACCGCUGGUAUAGCUGCUGGCUUGAACCAUGCGGGUUUCUCGGUCAGCUUCCUCGUCACCAUUUCAGGUAUCUUGGUCGAUUCCGCUAUUGUUCCUAUGGCCUGCACGAUCAUGUGGAGCAAGCAAUCCAAAUUUGCCGUGAUCGCAGCUCCACUCAUUAGCUCAGCCGCCGGAAUUCUCGCAUGGAUUCUCACGGCUCAUUCAACGGAAGGGGUAAUUACUAUCACGACACUCAGUGCGAACCUUCCGCUUGUUGCGGGGAACAUAUGCUCGCUCUGUUCACCACUCGUCCUGACGCCACUCUUCACUUUUAUCAGGUCGGAGAACUACGAUUUUGAGAAGUUCAAGGAGGUCAGACCGGCUGAUGAUUAUGAGGAGGGGGAUGAGCAAACCUCUCGCGAGUCGGCGGCUGACAAGGAGGCUGCGAUGGAAGCUGCCAGGACUGAAGAUGAAAAGAAUGAGAAGAUCUUGCUUAGAGCUAGAAAAUGGGCUAUUAUAGCAAGUAUCGUUAUGACGGUCAGUUAUCUAAUCCUAUGGCCAAUCCCUAUGUAUGGGACAAGAUACGUAUUCUCAAAGGGGUUUUUCAAAGGCUGGAUUGUCGUCGUAUUCCUCUGGGCGUUCUUCGCUACAACUGUCAUCACACUCCUCCCGAUCUGGGAAUCUCGGGACACACUUAUCAAGUUUGCACGAUAUGUCACCAGUGGCAGGAUUUCAAAGACUGGACCACCUAAGAAGAGGAUGGAAAUGAUUGAGGGGGAAGAGCUUCAGGCUGAGAGUGGUGUUGUGAUGGAAAAGGGAGGGGAGAAGGUUGGCGUGCUCCUUUCAGAGACUAAGUGA